AAAAAAUAUGGACACAGAAAAUAAUAAUUCCAAGACAACUAUUAAGAAUCCCAUAAAUAAAAUAAUACGUGAACGUUCCGCUGAAAUUGUAUCCGGUGGCAAUGUCUUCUAUAAUCCAGUACAAGAAUUUAAUCGUGAUCUGAGUAUAUCAGUACUCAACGUUUAUUUCCAACAAUUGCUUAAGGAGAGGUCGAGCAUAUCGAAAAAGAACAAUAACAAUAAAAAGGAUAGCAAUGGUAAUGCGGAUGAUGUAAACAAAACCGUGGAGGGAGAGGAGAAGGAAUCCCCUGCAAACAAGGUUUAUAAGGCAGGCGAGAAAUAUGAAGAUGGUUUACGUAUUUUAGAAGCUUUAUCGGCAACUGGGUUACGUAGUAUUCGUUAUGCCAAGGAAAUUGCCGGCGUUAAAGAAAUUAUUGCCAAUGAUUUGUCCAAGCAGGCUGUCGAGGCGAUAAGGGAAAAUGUCAAACACAAUCAAGUGGAACAUCUGAUAGAGCCAAGUCAUGCUGAUGCCAUGACCCUAAUGUACCUUUCAACCACCAAGGAGAAACAAUACGACUGCGUCGAUCUGGAUCCCUAUGGUUGUCCAAAUCGUUUCCUUGACGGUGCCAUGCAAUCAAUUGUUGAUGGUGGUCUAUUGCUGGUCACUGCCACUGAUAUGGCCGUCUUGGCGGGAAAUGCCCCCGAGGCAUGUUACGUUAAAUAUGGCAGCGUACCAUUGCGUAUGAAAUCAUGCCACGAAAUGGCAUUACGCAUACUCCUCCACUGCAUUGAGACACAUGCCAAUCGUUAUGGCAAAUAUAUUGUACCUUUACUUAGCAUUUCAGCUGAUUUUUAUGUUCGAGUUUUUGUACGCAUCUUUAGCAGUCAAGCUAAAUGUAAAUUUAGUAUGAGCAAACAAUCGAUGAUAUAUCAAUGUACGGGCUGUGAUACAUACACUUUGUACCCGUUGGGUACAAUCAAACCAAAUCCAACACCAAGUAAUCCGAAUCAAGUGAAAUUUGGUAUACCCACAGGACCGCCAGUUUCAGAGCAUUGUGAACAUUGUGGGCAUAAACAUCAUUUGGGUGGUCCCAUUUGGUCGGCGCCAAUACACGACAAAUCAUUUGUCCAACAACUACUUAGUGCAAUACAAUCGUCACCCCUCGACGAACUGGGUACACAAAAACGUUUAGUUGGCAUGUUGACGGUGGUCCUCGAAGAGCUGGAAGAUGUCCCUCUCUACUAUACAUUGGAUAAACUUUGUUGUGUCCUUAAAUUGGAAAUAGUUCCUAUAUUGAAGUUCCGUUCAGCUCUAUUACAUGCCGGUUAUAAAGUGUCAUUUUCUCAUGCCUAUAAAAAUUCCAUAAAAACAAAUGCUCCCGCUGCCGUGUUGUGGGAUAUUUUAAGAUGUUGGAAUAAACGUCACCCCGUAAAGGAGGAACGUAUGAUUGAUGGCACACCAAUUAAGGCAAUACUAAGUAAACCAUGUACCAGAGAUUAUGAAUUUGAUAAUAUCCAUCCCGAGGCAAAUCCGAAAAGUAGAAAACAGGCACUGUCAAGAUUCCAGGCGAAUCCAACACCUCAUUGGGGACCAGGCACGAGGGCUACAAUAAUGAUUGGGGAGGAUAAAAUCGAAAAAAGCCAUCGUAAUCAGAAUAAGAAACAAAAACAUAAGGCACAUGACACCAAUAAUGAUGGCGGCAAAGGUCCUGAAGAUGACGAAGAGGAGACACAGAAAAGUAAACAACCCAAAAUUGAAACCACCACCAGCACCCCCAAUACAGACGACUGUAAAAUGGAGUCAUGA